ACGAAUAAGUUAACCAUGAAGUCUGUUGUUUUCUGCUUGCUGACUUUUUACGUCAUCGAAAAUGUUUUUUCAGAUAAAUUGAUGGAUCAAUUGAAUGAAGUAUAUAACAAUGGCCUGAAGAGUUUAAGAUUUACAAUUCCUAACCAAAUACUAGCUGAAGUUUCUAAUGAUGUUGACAAGACUUCUGGCGAUGAUAGAAAAAAAGCUCAAAAUUGCUAUGAUUAUGCUAAGUCUUCAAUGAAGACUUUCAGUGAAACCAUGUUUGAACCUAUCACCAAAGAAUUGGGAAAAUGUCGUGAUCAAGGACUUCAAAGCCAGAGUGUCGAGGUUGCGAAAACAUGCAGCAAUAAAGUAAUGGAUGUUUUUUCAAAGGUUGUAGAGGAAGUUAAAUCUUCUGCCAAAUCUUGCAUCAGUUCGAUAAAAGAGUAAGGUUUU